AUGAAGUGGACUUUAGAGAUUUAUGAUCACUGUUACAGCUAUGAGGACUGCAAGGCCACUGCUGAUUGGCUGCAGACUCAAACCGACAUCCGGCCCAUCGUGGGCAUUGUGUGUGGAUCAGGGCUCGGGGGUCUGGCUGACCUACUGAAGGACCAGGUGGCAUUCAACUACAAGGACAUCCCCAACUUUCCACAGAGCACAGUCCACGGACACGCAGGGCGCCUUGUGUUCGGCACCUUGAAAGGAAGGUCGUGUGUUUGCAUGCAAGGGCGCUUCCACCUCUAUGAAGGCUAUCCCAUCCAGAAGAUAACCCUGCCGAUGCGCAUCUUCAAAUUGCUCGGUGUUGAGACGGUGUUACUCACCAACGCAGCGGGAGGUCUGAACCAGGACUUCAAAGUGGGUGACAUCAUGGUUAUCAAGGACCACAUCAACAUGCCUGGCUUUGCUGGCAACAAUCCGCUGGUUGGACCCAAUGAUGAGAGGUAUGGUGUGCGUUUCCCCUGCAUGUCCGAUGCAUACAAUCGAGACUUGAAGCAGCUGACUUUGGACAUUGGACAGGAACUUGGUUAUGGAGACUUCCUGAAGGAGGGGGUCUACUGUGUCCUGGGCGGACCGUCAUUUGAGACAGUUGCUGAGUGCCGUAUACUGCACAAACUGGGCGCUGAUGCUGUUGGCAUGAGCACAGUCCACGAGGUGAUCGUUGCACGUCACUGCGGCUUGCGGGUCGUUGCCCUCUCGUUGAUCACCAACCUGGUGGUGACAGACUACGACAGCGAAGAGAAGGCCAACCAUGAAGACGUCCUUCAGACGAGCAAGCAGCGAGGAGAGCAGCUGGAGCGGCUAGUUUCCACGCUGGUGACCCGGAUUGAGCCCAACAACAACUACAUCUAAGAGGGCAGGAUUUAAGCUCUUUAAG